ACUGAUAAUAAUUUCAGAAAAACAAGAACAGUGAAGAAAACCAAGAAAGGAAGAAGCUUUUGCUUUCGGGGAAACAAUCUGAAGAUAAAGACGGCAUUUUUCACCACUGCUUUGCUUCUUCUUCUACCUCGCUUUCUUUUCCUUAAUCGCCCUUCUCUAAAGGAUGAUAAAUAACAAAGCAAAAAGCCUAUUCCUUUACCAGAGAGAAAGCUGUUUUCAUAUUACUAUUAUCAUUGCUCCCUUUCUUUCUUGUUUCGAUCGGAUCUGAGUAGCUCUCAAGAAUCAAUUCAAUCGCCAAAAGCUGUGGCACUUUCCUCUCGAGCAUUUUCCUCUUCUGGGUCUUUCACUUCAUGAAGGAUUUUUGCUUCCCCGGCAUUGUUAUCUCUGUUCCAUGAUCAGUUGCUGUUGUUGAAUUGCGCGAUGAUGGAGUCACUUGUUAAUGGAGUUAGCUCUUCAUUCAAGAAUCUGAAUUCAGCUCCUGUGAUUGGCACCAACCAUCCCUCAACAUCUGGAACUCCUCGACCUGCUCGGCAUCCAUCUCCAAAGCCAUCUAGAAAUGAAGGGCUUUCCUCCACAUCCUCUGCAAAUUCUCAUAAUCAUGGUGUAAAGAUGGUUCAUAAUCCCAAUGGGUUUACACAAAAGCAUCCACAGAAAACAGCUAAUGGGAAUAUGCGGCACGAAGAACUGUCCAAUGUGGAAAAACAAUAUUAUGCUUCAAAUAAGGGGAAAUCUGAAUUUCUGAGUUUAAGUAAGGAUCUUAAAACAACGGCUGAAAUUUUGGGCAAGAAGGAUUCCAUGGUGGAAACCAAAUCUAACAUCGAACAUCCUGUCCAUGAUUUUGAGAGUUGUAUAUCAACUGUCUUGAUGGAAUCAGAAAGUAGUGCCUCAGGUCUGUGUAAAGGAGGUGUUGGGCAGCUGAAGAACGGCAUAACAUCUCAAUUAGAACGAACCUUUUGUCCAAGUCCUUCAAAUAGUCUCUGCACUGCCACACUAUAUUCAGAAGCAAAAGAAAGUUUUACCCACACAGAAGUUAGUGAAUGUGGAAGUAGUGUAGAUAAGUCUGGUGACAGUGGUGAAGUUAGUAACUCAUGUGAUUUCAUUGAGAGCAGAAAGACAAGCAUCCAUAGAGGCAGCACCGGUAGUGAUGUUAGUGAUGAAAGCAGCUCCAGUAGUCUAAGCACCUUGUACAAGCCCCACAAGGCAAAUGAUAUAAGAUGGGAAGCAAUUCGAGCUGUCAAAUCUCAGCUGGGGGCAGUGGAGUUGAAGCACUUUACGUUGUUGAGGAGACUGGGAUGUGGAGAUAUAGGUUAUGUUUAUUUGUCAGAAUUAGCUGGCACCAAAACUUAUUUCGCUAUGAAGGUUAUGGAUAAAGCUAACCUGGUGAGUCGGAAAAAGCUUCUUAGGGCUCAGAUUGAGAGAGAGAUUCUGCAAUCUCUAGAUCAUCCGUUCUUACCUACUUUGUACACACACUUUGAGACAGAGAAAUUUUCUUGCCUGGUAAUGGAGUUUUGCCCUGGAGGAGAUUUGCAUGCCCUCAGGCAAAGACAGCCUGGGAAAUACUUUCCAGAGCAUGCGGCCAGAUUCUAUGUGGCAGAGGUUCUCCUUGCUUUGGAGUAUUUACACAUGCUUGGGAUCAUUUACAGAGAUCUUAAGCCAGAGAACGUUUUGGUGAGGGAAGAUGGACACAUAAUGCUUUCAGAUUUCGACCUGUCUCUAAGAUGUGCUGUCUCUCCAACUCUGGUCAAAUCCGCAAACUCAUGCCUGCAGUCAAAGAGUUCUGGAUACUGUGUUCAGCCUGCCUGCAUAAUGCAGCCAGAUUGUAUCCAACCCAUGUGCUUUGGACCACGCUUCUUAUCAAGCAAACCUAAAAAGGAAAAGAAGAGCAAAGUUAAGAAUGAGACAAAUCAUCAAGUGAGUCCUCUUCCUGAGCUCAUUGCAGAACCCACAAAUGCUCGAUCCAUGUCUUUUGUAGGAACUCACGAAUACUUAGCUCCUGAAAUCAUCAAAGGCGAAGGCCAUGGCAGUGCUGUAGAUUGGUGGACAUUUGGGAUCUUUCUGUAUGAGCUUUUAUUUGGUAAAACCCCAUUCAAGGGAGCAGGAAACCGAGCUACUCUGUUCAAUGUGGUAGGCCAACCAUUGAAAUUUCCUGAGCGUCCUACUGUGAGUUUUGCUGCCAAGGAUUUGAUCAGAGGUUUACUUGUAAAGGAACCACAGCACCGCCUUGCUUAUAGGCGUGGAGCUACUGAGAUCAAACAACAUCCAUUCUUUCAGAGCGUAAAUUGGGCGCUAAUUCGUUGUACAAAUCCCCCAGAGGUGCCUAAACAAGUCAUGAUGGACAUUGCUGCUAGAACUGAGAUGGAUAAAGUACCUUCCAGUGACGAGGUCCCAGGUGUAGAUGUUAAGCCAUCAGGUAAUUAUUACGAGAUUGAUUUCUUCUGAUCCUUGUGAUUAAUUCCUUUCCUUCUUAGAAACAGUAGUUCCAUCACCUCAACAGCAAUGAUACUUGCCAUUGCAAGGAGCUAUACAUUUUUAGUUACUUUGAUAAAUCACAUGUUGUAACUCCACUUUGAUAAACAGAACCCUGAAAAUGCAAAUGGAUAGAGUUGAGGAAUCAAGUGUUAAGUCUUUG